AUGAGGAGCCUGCCGCACUCCUCGCUUGGAAUCCUCCUCCUGCCGGCGCUGCUGCUCGUGCUGGCCGCGUCGCCGCCGGCGGCGCCGCUGUCGCCGGACGGGCUCGCGCUGCUGGCCUUCAAGGCCGCGGUGACCGACGACCCGACCUCCGCGCUGUCCGCGUGGUCGGCCAACGACACGGACCCGUGCCGCUGGCCGGGGGUGGCCUGCGUCAACACCUCCUCCACCGAGGCGCGCGUGGCGGGCCUGGCCGUCGCCGGGAAGAACCUCUCCGGCCGCCUCCCGCCCGAGCUCGGCUCGCUCUCCCUCCUCCGCCGGCUCAACCUCCACGGCAACCGGCUGUCCGGCGCCGUGCCGCCGGCGCUCUCCAACGCCACGUCCCUGCGCUCCGUCUUCCUCUACGACAACAACCUCACCGGCGCCUUCCCGGCGUUCCUCUGCGACCUCCCGCGCCUGCAGAACCUCGACCUCUCCAAGAACGCGCUCGCCGGCCCGCUCCCGCCGGCGCUCGGGCGCUGCAGGCAGCUACAGCGGCUGCUCCUUGCCAACAACGGGUUCUCGGGCCGCAUCCCGGCAGCCACCUUGCCGCAGAUGAAGAGCCUGCAGCUGCUCGACCUGUCGUCCAACUCCCUCACGGGCGCCAUCCCGCCUGAGCUCGGCAAGCUCCAGGCGCUGGCCGGCACGCUCAACGUCUCCCGCAACCGCCUCUCCGGCGCGGUGCCGCCGGAGCUAGGGCGUCUCCCGGCGACCGUCACCCUCGACCUCCGCUUCAACAACCUCUCCGGCGAGAUCCCGCAGUCCGGGUCCCUCGCCAGCCAGGGCCCCACGGCCUUCCUCAACAACCCCGGCCUCUGCGGCUUCCCGCUCCAGGUCCCCUGCCGCGCGGCCCCGCCGUCGGCAUCCUCCUCCACGCCGCCUCCGACCACCACCGGCUCCGGCGGCAGCGCCGGCGGCGGCCCUAGCCAGCCGAUGAAGACCAGCCUGAUCGUGCUCAUCUCGGUCGCCGACGCGGCCGGCGUGGCCCUCAUCGGGGUCAUCGUGGUGUACAUAUACUGGAAGCUGCGUGACCGGCGCGGGGACGGCGGCGGCGACGACGAAGACGAGGAGGGGCGAGGGCUCUUCUUCUGCCCGUGCAUGCGCGCAAACACGUGCGGGGACUCGUCGGAAGGGUCGGACGCCGGGGGCGACGGCGAGAAGAAACGCGGCAACGGUUCCGGGGGCGGGGGCGGGGGCGGCGAGGACGGGGAGCUGGUGGCGAUCGACAAGGGAUUCCGGAUGGAGCUGGACGAGCUGCUGCGGUCGUCGGCGUACGUGCUGGGGAAGGGCGGGAAGGGGAUCGUGUACAAGGUGGUGGUGGGCAACGGGACAACGCCCGUGGCCGUGCGGCGGCUGGGCGGCGGCACCGCAGCCCCGGAGCGGUACAAGGAGUUCGCGGCGGAGGCCGGCGCCGUCGGGCGCGUGCGGCACGCCAACGUGGUGCGGCUGCGCGCCUACUACUGGUCGCCCGACGAGAAGCUCGUCGUCACCGACUUCAUCAACAACGGCAACCUCGCCUCCGCGCUGCGCGGGCGCUCCGGGCAGCCGAGCCUGUCGUGGUCGCUGCGGCUCCGCAUCGCCAAGGGCGCGGCGCGCGGGCUGGCGCACCUCCACGAGUGCAGCCCCCGGCGGUACGUCCACGGCGAGGUCAAGCCCUCCAACAUCCUCCUCGACGCCGACUACAACGCCCUCGUCUCCGACUUCGGCCUCGCCCGCCUCCUCACCAUCGCCGGCUGCGCCGACGCCGCGGGAGCCGGCGCCGGCGGCAUAAUGGGCUGCGCUCUCCCGUACGUCAAGCCCCCCGCGCCGGACCGGCCCAACGCGUACCGCGCCCCGGAGGCCCGCGUGCCCGGGUCCCGCCCGAGCCAGAAGUCCGACGUCUACUCCUUCGGCGUCCUGCUGCUGGAGCUGCUCACCGGGCGCUCGCCCGAGCAGGCGUCGCCCUCUGGUUCCUCGGCGUCCUUCUCGGGGCCUGGCGCCGCCGCCGCCGCCGAGGGGCAGCAGGCGCCGGAGAUCGUGAGGUGGGUGCGGCAGGGGUUCGAGGACGCGCGGCCGCUCUCGGAGCUGGCCGACGACGCCGUGCUGCGGGACGCCGGCGCGCGCAAGGAGGUGGUGGCCGCGUUCCACGUCGCGCUUGGCUGCGUCGAGGCCGACCUGGAGCGGCGGCCGCGGAUGAAGGCCGUCGCCGACAGCCUCGACAAGAUUGGGUCGUGA